AUGGCGCGGGAGCUGAGCCAAGGCGAGCUGCUGGACUUCCUCUGCCAGGCCGGGGGGCGGGUGGCCAACGCCGCCUUGCUGGGCCACUUCAAGGGCUUCUUGCGCGACCCGCAGGCGCCCCCCGCCCAGCUCCAGCACCGCCGCCAGCUCUUCAAGGGCUUCGUCAACUCCGUGGCCACCGUCAGCCAGGACGGGCCCGGCGCCGCCACCUACGUGGUGCUCAGGAAGCGCUACCGGGACCUGGUCGGGGAGGAGCCGCCACCGACGCCCCGCGACGGUCCGUUCGCUGAGCCGCCGCCGCCGCCUCCAACGCAGGAUCGACCCGGCCGAUCGCCGCCGCCGCCGCUCCAGCAGGCCAGGUGGGAGCGCGCGGGGAGGUCUCGGGAAGCCGCUUCUCCCUGGGAAAUCCCCGGGCCGGAUGGCCAACUCGAGACGGGCCGCCGGGCUUCCAGGUGCCCGUCCGGCACACCUGGAGCCGGAUCGCGGCCUCCGCCGCCCGCCAGCCCCGCCCUGGGCUGCCUGGGAAGAGAGAAGAAGCGUCACCGGCCGCCCCUCGCCGAGCCCGCCGCCCCGGACCCGCUGCCGCCGCCGCUGCAGGAAAGGGCUCAGCCGUCCAACGGCCUCGGUUUACCCGUCGGAGAAAUGGGCGCGCUUCCAAAUGCCGGCAGUGCCCAGCAAAGGAUUCGGGAUUGGAUCGCUACUCAUCAUUCGGCUGCCGCUGAGCCUUCCCGUCCCCUGGCACAAGAGGAGGAAGCCUGGGGGGUCAGAGCGGGGUCCCGAAGCUCAGAGCUGAGCCCCUGCCGCCCGUGGGGGUCCCUGGAUGUCAGUCCGAGGUCUGAGUCCUCGGAGGGCUGGCGGGAGCCCCCUGUGCCCGUCUUCCGCAGCAUCCGAUGCCGGCUUUCCUUGCAGGACUUGGAGGACCAUCUGGAGCAGGAGAGCUCGGCCAGCGAAGAGGGCAGCAGCAGCGCCAGCCGGGAGAGCAGCUCCCACCGAGGGGAAGGGGAAACGGGCAGGACGAACAACAACGGGUGCGUCCGAAACUCAGCUGGGCGCCAGGGACCCGGGGGCACCCCUCACAGCAAUGGCCUGGGGGAGAUGCCCCUUGCCCAGGCCAGCCAAGACUCCAAGAACGGCAAGUCCCCACCGCACGUCGCUUUGCUGCACCGGAUUGUUGGGAGAGCUGCCAGUCUGGGCAAAGCAGAAGGCAGGGAUCGGUUGAAGCCAAAGCCGUGGAAGAUGGACAGACCGGCAUCCCCAACUCUGGAUGCCCCCUUAAGUCCCUGGUUGGCACCCAGACAAAGACCCGUGGCGAAUGCCCCGUUUGUGGAGAGGCUGGCCCCUAACCCAGAUGGGCCUGCUGAGCACAGGUCUUCCUUGGUACCCCUGGACGGUCGAGAACACACCUGGCUGGUGAAAAUAGCCACGGGGUCCUGGCUGCAGGUCCGGGCACUGCUCCAGGAAGACCCUCAGCUGGUGCUCCACAGGGACUUCAUCUCUGGCUUCACGGUGCUUCACUGGCUGGCUAAACACGGGAAUGCCCAGGUGCUGCAGGACUUUGUCACCGGUGCCCAGGAGGCAGGGAUUGUGCUGGACGUCAAUGUCAGGUCCGGUUGUGGCUACACCCCGCUGCAUAUGGCAGCCAUCCACAACCACCCCGUGAUCAUGAAGAUCCUGGUGCAGAAGCUGCAGUGCCGGACGCAAGUCCGGGACAGUAGCGGCAAGAGACCUUGGCAGUAUUUGAGCACCAGCGCUUCUGGAGAAAUAUGGCAGCUUUUGGGGGGCCCACGAGGCAGGACCAUCUUCCCGACUCAUCCAAUCAUCAGACCAUCCACGGCCCCUUCUUCAUCAUCAGUGUCCCUAGCCAGGAAAGUGAGCAGAAAGCCCUCCUUGGCAAACUACUUGAAACCUCAACAUAUGAAAUGGAAAGUGGGGGGGCACAAGUGCCCCACCUUACAGGAGAUGGAGGAAUACAGUGAUUAA